AUGAUCGCCUUCUCCAAGCUUCUCACGCUCCUUCCUCUUCUGCCAUUUGUCUUUGGCGCGCCUGUUGAGGUUGUCAAGCGCAGUGUCCCCUCCGGCUUCCCCUAUGCCGAGGGCACCAAGUUUAUGCUUGACGGCCAGCCGUUCUGCUUUGGCGGCAUGAACGCCUACUGGAUCCCCCAGCUCGUCACCGACGCCCAAUACACCCAGGCGUUCGACAUGCUCAAGGACCUCAACGCCAAGGUCCUCCGUACUUGGGCCUUUUCCAUGGUCGAGACGGUCCCCACGAACAGUCUGACCUACUACCAGCUCUGGGAAGGCGACAGCUUCACCGUCAACACUGGAGCCAACGGCCUUGAGCGUAUGGACAAGACCGUCGCCAUGGCUGAGAAGUACAACAUCAAGCUUAUCCUCGCCUUUACGAACAAUUGGGACGACUACGGAGGUGCAGAUCAUGCCUAG